AUGUACAGCUACGUCGGCUCAUCGCCCGCAGCCCAGGUCAAGGUGUCGGACUCCCCGGCGUACGGCAAGCUGCCGCCGCCCGCCGUGGAGAAGAAGGGCGUCAUGGUCUACCGGGCGGGCGAGAGGGUGGGCUUCUCGGAGCUGAAACACCAUGUCGGCUGGAUGGAAAAGCAUCCCAGCAAUGGCUGCGUGUACGCCGCGGGCAGCGGCAAGCUCCGCGCGUACAAGGUAGCCGCUGAUGGCAUGCUCGAGGAGUUUAGCAGCGCCGACGCCCUCGGCAACCCGGCGCACUUUUGCUUAUCUGCCGACGGGGCGUGGGCGCUCUGUGCCAACUACAGCGCGUCGACGCUGUCGGCGGCCACCGACUCGAAGCACCACGUCGUCAGGCUGAACCCGCAGCUCGCUGACCGGCAAGAAGCGUGCCACCCUCACCAGGUGCGGCUCGACCCGGGCAGCGGCGCGUGGGCGCUCGCCUGCGACCUGGGCGCGUCGAGGGCGUGCGCGUCGAGGGUGUGGGUGUACGCGUUCGACGUGGCCCGCGGCUCGCUCGCCGGCGCGGCCAACAGCGAGCGGCACUUGCUGCUGCCCGAGGCGGACAGCCAGAACGUGGCCAGCUUCAGCGUCGCCACCGACGGCACCCUCUCCCUCCGGUCCAUCGAGGAGCUCGACGGCGUUUGCCCUAACCUGCACCUGGCCGAGUCGAAGCUGACGUGCCUCAUCGUCUCGCACGACCAGCACUUCCUCAACUGCGUCGCCACCGACAUCCUGCUGCUCGACAGCAGAGAGCUUCACGCGUUCGACGACACCGACUACGACGGCUUCAAGAAGAAGCACGCCUCCUUCGUCGCGCAGCGACGCAAGAAGGCCGAGGCGGCGCAAAAGGAGGCCAGCCGGCUGCAACGCGAGCUGUCCAAGGGUGGCGGCGCGGGGGCGACAAAGUCGGGCCGCCGCGUGGCCAAGGAGCGGCUCGAGGAGAUCAAGGCGACCGCGCCGGCCUCGACGCGAGAGUAUGCGGUCAAGUUUGCGAUCGAGGCUGCGGCGAGGAAGCUCAACCCGCCGCUCAUCACGAUGGAAGCCGUGACGUUUGGGUACGGCCCGCGCCUCCUCUUCCGCGGGCUCGGCUUCGACCUCUCAGUGGACUCGCGCGUCGCGCUGGUGGGGCCAAACGGCUGCGGCAAGUCCACCUUUCUCCAGCUGCUGGAGGGCUCCCUCACGCCCGACGAGGGCGUCGUCGAGCAGGCAAACGGGCGACUGCGCAUCGGCCGCUACUCGCAGCACUGGGUCAACCAGCUGCCGGGCGGCGUCUCGCCGGUCGAGCACCUCUUCUCGCUGCUCGGGGAGAGGCCGGAGCGAGGCUCGCCCCUCUACCAGCAAGUGCGGCAGGAGCUCGGCGAGAAGGGGCUGCCCUCCUCGGCCCACGACCUCAAGAUCAAGGACCUGUCGGGCGGCCAAAAGGCGCGCGUCGCCUUCGCAGCAAUCUCGACGGUGCGGCCGCACGUGCUCCUGCUCGACGAGCCGACCAACCACCUCGACAUCGAGUCGGUCGACGCGCUGGUCGACGGGAUCAACGGCUUUGAGGGCGGCGUCGUGGUCAUCUCGCACGACCGGCGGCCGCUGCGGACGACCCUCGGUCCCGCCGCCGUUCUGCUUAGUCCGGAGCACGCGGCGGACGAGGAGCGGGCGCAGGCGCGCGCGAUGCUGCGCAAGAAGAGGCGCGACGAGGCUCGGCGGCGUGCCGACGCCGCCGCCAAGAAGAAGGCGGCGCGCGCGACGUGA